AUGGCUCUGAAUCCGCAGCUUCUCCCGAACGGAUUGCCCGUUCCAUUCGUGAACGAGAUGUUUGUGUUGGCUAGAGAUGGCGUUGAGUUCGAAGUCGACAAGAUUCCCGGAAGUAAUCAGGUCAAAGCUAGAGGAACUAUAUACUUGUCGAACGUACGUAUGGUUUUUGUCGCAAAUAAUCCCACUGGAAGCUUGGCUGCUUUUGAUAUGCCCCUGCUUUAUGUCCAUGGUGAGAAAUUUAACCAACCUGUAUUUCACUGCAACAACAUUUCUGGUCAGGUGGAACCGGUUGUCCCAGAGAACGAGAACAGAGCUCUCUACUCAACUCACAAUUUCAAGAUCUUGUUCAAAGAGGGUGGAUGUGGAACCUUCAUCCCACUGUUCUUCAACUUGAUAGCAUCAGUUAGGCAGUUCAAUCAGCAGCAGCAAAAUUAUGCAAGAAGCCCUGUUGUGGACCCGUUGCAGGCAGCCGAGACUCCAGCAGUUGAUGAAAUGAUUAGACAUGCGUAUGUUGAUCCCAAUGAUCCAACAAAGAUCUUCCUGCAGCAGCCAGCUCCAGGAACUGGACCAAGACGUCGUACAUAUCGGGCAUCCGCACCAGAUGCCAUAUGA